GUUUAAAGUUACUCUAGUAUAAAGUUAGUCCAGUUUAAAGUUAGACCAGUAUAAAGUUAGUCCAGUUUAAAGUUAGACCAGUAUAAAGUUAGUCCAAUAUAAAGUUAGUCCAGUUUCAAGUUACUCUAGUAUAAAGUUAGACCAAUAUAAAGUUAGUCCAGUAUAAAAUUAAUCCAGUAUAAAAUUAGUCCAGUAUAAAGUUAAUCCAGUAUAAAGUUAGUCCAGUUUAAAGUUAGACCAGUAUAAAGUUAGUCCAGUAUAAAGUUAGUCCAGUAUAAAGUUAUUCCAGGGCCGCCAACAGGUCUUCAUUUGGGGGUUUUGUCCCCGCAGCAAAUGUUCGCACUAAAGUCACCGCCUGGUGACGUCACACCGCCGACCACAGCCUUCGCGUGUGCUUGACGUUCAUUGGUCCAUAGUUAGGCGUGCGCGUGACGUCACCGCGUAGCGCGACAACACACACGCUAGCCCGCUGCUGCAGCUAAGCUAACCAAGACAAUCAAUGAUCGAUAAUCAAUGAUGAUUAUGAAGGUGCUGAGUGGCUGUUGAUUUGCUCCUCGUGUCGUGGAACUUUCCAGGAGCUUGAUGGGUGAGAUGAUUGAUUGUUGUUAUUGAUUAACUGUCACCUGGCGGACACUACAUUAGGUACACUGGCACUUUUCUCCUACUAAAUAUUGUAGCGGCUGGCUACGGGGUGUUAGCCAAUGGCGUUGGCUGGGGGGCGGGACUUCCGGGGAAGUUAGGGAAGUGACAUUGUUGACAGGAAGUGUUGGUUGGAGUUUUGCCGGGAAAGGAGAUAGACGCAUGUUGGAGCUGUUGUGUGCCUUAAAUGCAUCUUGUACAAUAAAUGCAAGAUAACUGAAGAAGUCUCUGAGCUUACAUUCCUGAGAUUAUUACAAUAUAUAAUAAAUACUGUCUGAUUAAAAACUACUUUUAAUGACUUGAUGUGUUGACAUAUAUAAUACAUGUCAUGGUCACUAAUACAUGAUGUAUUACUUAACAUGAUAUUAUUUAUCACGUGAGCGUCUUAUUAAUGCAAAACAUUUGCUGCUGUGUGUGCUUUUGUCCGCUAGAUGUCGCCCUUUAGUUUGCUGUCCGCGUGAUGUUAUAUUGAAAUAAUAAACGGAAUCAAAAGUAAGAGAAGUUGGCGUGACGUGGCGUGUUGCGUGUACUUUUAGCUUUUCAACCACGCUACGUGUUUGCACAAAUGUGUACUUUUCACUCUUUUCCCACGUAAACACGUGUUUAUUUCAUUCAAGCGUGGUUACGUCACGCGGGGAGGCGCGCAUGCAGUCACGCGUGGCCACUCAGGCGCAGCGAGCACGCGCCUCGCCGGUUAUAAAACUCGCGGGAGGGACGAUACAGGCCGAUUGAUACCGCACGAGUCGCUUUACCUCGUCCACGCCCGUGCACGGCUCACCUGCGCGCGUGCCUGAGCCCCUCCAGGUGGCGAGUCGGAGUCGUGACCUGAGACCAUGGCCACCUCUGCCAGUUCCAAGCUGAACAAGGUCGUCAAGCGCCAGUACUUGGACCUCCCCCAGGGAGUCCGGGUCCAGGCCAUGUACAUCUGGGUCGACGGCUCCGGAGAGGGUCUGCGCUGCAAGACCAGAACUCUGGACUCGGAACCCAAAAGCGUCCAAGAUCUACCGGAGUGGAACUUUGACGGCUCCAGCACGUACCAGUCCGAGGGCUCCAACAGCGACAUGUUCCUGGUCCCGGCCGCCAUGUUCAGAGACCCCUUCAGGAAGGACCCCAACAAGCUGGUCCUCUGCGAGGUGUUGAAGUACAACCGCCAGGCCGCAGAGAGCAACCUGCGGGGGAGCUGCAGGCGCGUGAUGAGCAGGGUGGCCAGCGAGCAGCCGUGGUUCGGGAUGGAGCAGGAGUACACCUUGCUGGGCACGGACGGACACCCCUUCGGAUGGCCCAGCAACGGCUUCCCGGGCCCGCAAGGUCCGUACUACUGCGGCGUGGGCGCCGACAAGGCGUACGGGCGCGACAUCGUGGAGGCUCACUACCGAGCGUGUCUCUACGCAGAGGUCCAGAUCUGCGGCACCAACGCUGAAGUGAUGCCCGCCCAGUGGGAGUUCCAGGUGGGGCCGUGCCAGGGCAUCGACAUGGGCGACCAUCUUUGGGUGGCUCGCUUCAUCCUGCACAGAGUCUGCGAGGACUUUGGCGUGGUCGUCUCCUUCGACCCCAAACCCAUCUCGGGCAACUGGAACGGCGCCGGCUGCCACACCAACUUCAGCACCAAGGACAUGCGCCAGGAAGGCGGGCUCAAAGUCAUCGAGGACGCCAUAGAGCUGCUGGCCAAGCGACACCGCUACCACAUCUGCGCCUACGACCCCAAAGGCGGUCUGGACAACGCCCGGCGCCUGACGGGACAACACGAGACCUCCAACAUCGACCAGUUCUCGGCGGGCGUGGCCAACCGCGGCGCCAGCAUCCGCAUCCCGCGCGCCGUGGGCCAGGACAAGAAGGGCUACUUCGAGGACCGCCGCCCCGCCGCCAACUGUGACCCGUACAGCGUGACCGAGGCGCUGGUGCGCACCUGUUUGCUCAAGGAGGAGGGGGAGGAGCCUGUGGACUACAGCUAAUGACACGCCCAUGAUCAUGUCACCUGUUGCCACCUUUUUACCGCAAUAAACUUUCUUUUCUACAAAAAGUCUCCCGCAUUCAUGUCACAUGACCACAGCUACCAUUAGCUUAGCAGAUUAGCGUCAAAGCACGCCAACAGCCUAACUAGCUAACUUUUAGCUUAGCCAUAAUCAUGCUAAUGUCGCUAAUGGCUAAAAACACUGUCAGCUGGUGGCUAGCAGUGAUGUCAUGCAUAACGCCAGCGCCUGAUGACGUGUUAGCAUUUGGCAAUUUUGGUACUUGACGCAUGUUACAAUUAGCAUUUUAGCAUGCUAACAUUAACACUAGUUUAACAGGGAUACACCUCAAUGACACAUACUUUGAUAUUUCACUAAUGCCAACUGUAUGCAUGCUAUUGUUAACAUAGUACUGUUAGCAUGUUAGCUUUUUUUCUUUAGCCCAUUUUGCUUAUUUUUUGUUACUUGGCCAACGUGCUAACUGUUAGCAUUUGAGUUCGGCCUUGGAUCCUGGACUACAGCUAAUGACAC